AUGCGUCUUUCACCGUCUUUCAGAUUACCCACAAACUGUCUUGUUCGUGGUGGAGCCUGCGGCUAUCCUGUCAAAGCAAACUGUGCAACGUCCUCGGGCAACGGAAAGAACGGCGGGCUUGAAAACUUCCACGGCACGAGUCAAAGCCAUGAGAAUGACGGUGGGCAAUCUACCAACACGACGACAGAAACCACGCAAGACAUGAGUUUGUCGGCCCUCACCGCGAAACGUUCGUAUAGCAACGACCUUGGAAACGCUGCCAAGGACAACUCUAGCAUGAUCGAGUUCGAACCUUCUUUUCGAAUGCCCUACCACUCCAUUCCAUCGGCGCUGUUGUCGUACCUGCAAAAGGACCCAUUUGACAGUAUGCCGAUAACAAUGCCGUUGCGCUCUAUGGAGCUGUUCCAUCAUAUGAUGCACUUUCGAAUUUUGACCCGCUCCUUGGUCCCCAAAAACCCAAACAACUCAUACAACGCCACGGCGCUCCGGGACGCCGGUUUCUUCCGCAGCAACAUUCUCUUGGCCGCUAUGCACUAUUCUUGGAUCAAUGGUGGUCUCAGCGGAAUGGAGGAGACUUACAUCUACCACAAGAUCGAGGCGAUUCGACUGGUCAAUGAGCACAUAUCAGAUCCGGCAUGGACUGAACAGUGCGCCAACAUUAUUGCUGCUCUCGCAUUGGCGGAGAGCGGCAUUGGUGACAUUAUCGCAGCCGAAGCACACCUGGGUGGACUAUUAACGCUCAUCAACUGGCGUAAGCCGGACGAAUUACGGGGACGAUGGCACGGAUUAUUCCAGCGGCUGAUCCUGGUUGCUAGUACAUUUGUUGCUGCAUCCAAGAGCCACACGGCCUGGAAGCCCAGAGACACUCGCAGUGGCGACGGCGAGAGGCCGGUCCUGCAGUUUGCAUAUCCGGACACCGCCAAUGUUAACGCUGCCGAGUUUGACGAUACACAGCUCUCGCCAUUCUACUUCGAGAUGAAGCCUAAUUAUGGGGCUUCCAAUCCCGGCCUCGAGACCAUCUCAAUGACCAAUGCAUUGCAGAGAUUGUCUUCGUUGCCCGAUGAACCGAAACAAGCAGAACAUGUUUACCCUUCCGGAUCACGAAAAGCAACACGCUCGGCUUCUUCCACGCACGCCGAUAGGCCUUCUCCAAUAAACACGUCCUUGACUGACUUUGCCGAGGAAAUCACCGUCGACCAAGAACUUACGCAAGUGCUGCUGCUGGAGACGGAAUCCUACUUGACAUCGCUUCUAUUUCGCCCGCAUGCGCCACCAUUUGCCAUGACGCUAGGGCGGCAGAUGUAUCAGCCGCCCGAGCGCCUCACGUCAAUGAACAGCAUUCCGCACAGUCACCCAGAGCUACGUGUGGGCGUCGACGAGCAUGUAACAAACACGCUAAUGCGAUCUCAAGUGGUGAUGGAUAUGGGUGGCGACAUGGGACCGUUUCUAACGGAUUUUGAUCUCGGUCUACUAUCCAUCACUGGGUUUCAAGACGCUGGUAAUGGCAAUUUCAGUAGCUAUCACGACGUCAACAGUACCAACAGCAAUAACACCAGUGGAGGUAUAGUAUCGAUGGUACCCAGUCCAAGCACGAGUCAUACCACCGUUUCAACGAACCACUCUUCACAUUCAGCCCAUGAAGCAUACUCGGCAGCAGCAAGUCCGUCGGCCAUCAAUACGCCCCCACCGGCAGCCGCUUUCCCCCAAGCCGGUCAGCAACCUGCCAUCAACGGUUUCUCUUCCAAUUUUUCACCCAAUACAGGCUAUUUUGACGGCGUGCUGCAACCUACUCUACAUUCCUCCGCUACGCAUUCGUGGUCGGCCGCGGCGUAUUUGUACCUACACACAUUUUUAGCUGACUUGUGGCUACCUCCUCCGCCAUCACGUUGCUUACCCCCGAACUAUCCUUCACCGACACAGAGCUACAUUGAUCGAGAGCUCUGUCGUUGGCUACUUGACAGAAUUUGUGACGAAUUGGACCGUACUCGCGAGUCUAUGAAACUUGGCACGUAUAGCUGCGGACUCUGGAUCUGGCAAGUCUUGGUCGGGGCAUAUGCUGUGGCAAAUACACGUCGUGAGGAUGAGCAGGCGGCACGGGAGAAGAGCGCCGGCUCACAGGCACAGCCGGCUACCGGAGUUGCGAACGAUUCAGCCAUCAACCCGAUACUACUGGACCAAGCCGGUAUCGAUUUCGAGGGGCAAAAAAUACCAUCAGCAGCAACGCCGUUUAUGUCCCAAAGAUUCGCUCCAGCCACUCCGAGCGUAGUGCCGCCCGAGUACUACUUAGGAGCAUGGUUCCGCACACAAAUGCGCAUUUGGGCAGACGCUUUAGACGCACCGCACUGGAACGAUGCCAAACGUCAUGCCAGCACUGUAGCUUGGCCACAGAAAAUAUGGCAUGGUGAUGCUGUGUUGGAGGAGUUAUGGUCUCGGUCUAUGGCAGGACAAGGUUCACCGUAA